AUGCACCCUAUAAUACUAUGUGGUGGUAGUGGCAGCAGACUUUGGCCUUUAUCGAAUCCAAAGCAAUUUCAAAAAAUAUUUAGCCAUAACACUAUUUUUCUGAACACUUUAUUGAGGCUUAAAAGUGGUUAUAUGCCACCCGUAAUUGCCACAAAUAUACAGUACGAGUCGUUAGUGAAGAAGGAGUUGCAUGUGCUGCGAGAAUAUAAAGUGAUUUUCGAACCAGUGAAAAUUGGAACAGCAGCAGAGAUAUUCAUUGCUGCGCUUCUCUGCAAUGAAAACGAGAUAAUGUUAAUUUUGCCUUCAGACCAUUUUAUAGGUGAUUUGAAUAAUUUUUAUGCUUAUGCUCAUAAAGCAUCUCAGCUAGCUUCUGAAACUGACUCUACAGUUGCGUUUGGAGUUGAGCCUCAUGAAUUCAAUUCUGAAUACGGCUAUAUAAAUGUAGUUUAUUAUCAUAAGGAAAAGUAUCAUAUAUUAAAGGAUUUCAUAGAGAAACCUGAGCAUGUAUUAAGCAAUGAUUAUUAUUGGAAUUCUGGAAUAUUUGUGUUCAAAGCAAAACGCCAUAUAUAUGAGAUCAAAAAAUCUGCCCCGACUCUUUAUAAUUUAUGUUUUGCAAGUGUGAAACAUUUCACACCGCAAGAGAGAUUUCUGUAUUUAAAACAACGAGAUUUUGCAGGAAUUGAAUGCGUCUCUAUUGAUUGCUUGGUAAUGGAAAAAGCAAAAAACGUUGCAAUGAUAGAAGCUAAUUUCGAUUGGCCGGACGUUGGAACUUGGAAUUCAGUUUUAGAAUUGAGUGAGAAGUUUACGUCGUCAUUCCGACAUGUAACAAAAAAAAGAGAGCCGGUUUCAACGACAGAAAGUAAUAAAAAUUUAUUGGUUGGAUCUUAG